CGGGGCGAUCGAUCGCCCCGGGAGGCGAAGGGAAGUGGAGGUUGCAACGUCUUGGAAAAGGGCAGGUGGCUCUCAUCGUUUGGAUUCGUGGUCCGCGGGACCUACCGAGGAUGGUGGACUCGCGCUUUCCUCGGUGCAGGCCUCGGCCUUGAGGGAGGUGCCCGUGCAGCUCUCGCCAUCCUCUGAACUCACCGGGACGGGGGCUUGCCAGAUUCACUUCCGUAUCCCACGGCUCCGACACAGGAAGCCGGAAGUGCAGGUUUCGGCUGCAGGAGAAGGGAAGGGCGACCGCUGAGCCGGGACUUUGUUGGAGCGCUGGGGAUUGUAGGAGCGCUCGCGCCCCGCUGCCCCUGCCCUUUUCGCAUCGGACCGACUCUGCUGACAGACUGUGCCGUGUUGGAUGAGCAAGCAUCCCCAGAAGAAUCCACUUUGUGAGAUGGUGCAGCCCAGUAGUGGUCCAGCGGGGGACCAGGACGUGCUGGUUGAAGAGUCUUCUCUGGGGAAGUCAGCCAUGCUCCACCUGCCUUUGGAGCAGGGUGCUUCCGAGCCCCUCCAGCGCUGUCUGGAGGAGAAUCAGGAGCUCCGAGAUGCCAUCCGGCAGAGCAACCAGAUGCUCCGGGAGCGCUGUGAGGAGCUGCUGCAUUUCCAGGUCAGCCAGAGAGAGGAGAAGGAGUUCCUCAUGCAGAAGUUCCAGGAGGCCCGGAAACUGGUAGAGAAACUGAGCCUGGAGAAGCUUGAGCUGAAGAGGCAGAGAGAGCAGGCCCUGCAGGAGGUGGAGCACCUGAAGAGAUGCCAGCAGCAGAUGGCUGAGGACAAGGCCUCGGUGAAAGCCCAGGUGACGUCACUGCUAGGGGAGCUCCAGGAGAGCCAGAGCCGCUUAGAGGCUGCCAACAAGGACCUGCAGGCUUUGGAGGGCAGGGCCCGGGCGGCCAGCGAGCAGGCCAGGCAGCUGGAGAACGAGCGGGAGGCGCUGCAGCAGCAGCACAGCGUGCAGGUGGACCAGCUGCGCAUGCAGAGCCAGAGCGUGGAGGCCGCACUGCGCAUGGAGCGUCAGGCCGCCUCGGAGGAGAAGCGGAAGCUGGCCCAGUUACAAGUGGCUUAUCACCAGCUUUUCCAAGACUAUGACAAUCACAUCAAGAGCAGCAUGGCCAGCAGUGAGCGAAACCGAGGCAUCCAGCUGGAAGAUUUGAAGCAGCAGCUGCAGCAGGCUGAGGAGGCCCUGGUGGCCAAGCAGGAGCUGAUCGACAAGCUGAAGGAGGAGGCGGAGCAGCACAAGACAGUGAUGGAGACGGUCCCCGUGCUCAGGGCCCAGGCGGAUAUCUACAAAGCGGACUUUCAGGCUGAGAGGCAGGCCCGGGAAAAGCUAGCCGAGAAGAAGGAGCUGCUGCAGGAGCAGUUGGAGCAGCUGCAGAGGGAGUACAGCAAACUGAAGGCCAGCUCGCAGGAGUCAGCCAGGGCUCUGAUUGAGGAUAUGCGGAAGCGGCAUGUCGAGGGCCCCCAGCCACCUUUGCCUCCUGCCCAAGCUCAUCACUCCUUUCACCUGGCCCUGCCUAGCCAGAGGAGAAGCCCCCCCGAGGAGCCACCUGAUUUCUGUUGUCCCAAGUGCCAGUAUCAGGCUCCGGAUAUCGACACCCUGCAGAUACAUGUCAUGGAGUGCAUUGAGUAGGGCUAGGAAACACCAGGCCACCUGUGGAUGACAAGACGAGGACAGUGUAAUCUGUGCUUUGCUCUUCCACGUGCGUGGUCCAGAAUUAAGGGCUAGUUCACAAAGAGUGGGGCUGUUGCUUUGACCCCCAAGAGCUAGUUUCUGCUUCAGCUCUUUGGGGAUUGCUGCUGUUUUUCCUCCUUUAGGGCAUAGCAAACCCUGCUCUGCUCUUUGUGUUCUAUCCUAUCUGCUCCAAUCGCUUGCUGCUGCGGGCUAAUCCCUCUUCUUCCGCUCCCACCCAGGGAAGGCAAUAAUUAAGGCCAGGGGCAAUCAGCCAGAACUGCUUCCUGAGCCGAGAUGGGUGGCAGCUCUCCCUCCCACCAGCCAGCUAACUCACCCUGCCUUGAACUCCAGGUGUUAUCUCAGUCAUCCUCAUUUCUCAUGUUUGAUGUGCGGUAUUCCAUCUUGUGGCCCAACCAUGGAGUAUUUAACCAGUUUGUUAUUGAUGGACAUUUGGGCCGUUGCCGAUCUUUUUGUUGACAUAAACCAUGCUCCAGUGAAAAUCCUGUGCGUGUCAUGUGUGUCUUCGGGACUGCUUCUUAGAAGAGGGCUGUUAGCAGCGGUGAAGGUAGGAGGUGGUUCUUGAGCAGGCGAGGGCCUGUUUUCCCACAGCCUUGCCAAGAGGGAGUGUGUGGUCACUCCUUUGGGUUUUUUGCCGUCCUCUAGGUGUGCAAUUCUCUAGUUACUAGUGAGGUUGAGCAUCUUCUCAGAGGUUUAAGGGACUGUUCCUGUCUUUUGCCCAUUUUUCUAUCAGGUUGUUUUGGUCUUUUGUGCCUUGUUUUUUUAUGAACUGUUUGUUUAUUAGUGGGACUAGCUUUUGUUUGUGGAGGAAGUUGCAAAUCUCUUUUCCCAGUUGGAUUUUGCUCCUAGUGUCUUUUGUCUUGAAGCCUUUUAUCCUUACAUCAUCCCAUUUAGCAGUCAUUUCUUUCAUUGCUUUGGAUUUUGAGUUGUUAACACCUCAUGGCCUGAUGGAAGGAAACUUCAUACACAGAUUUCUCAUGUGCUUUUUCUGACAUCAAAGUGUGGCUUAUCUUGGGCCUGUCCAAGAGGCUUGCUGUUCUGUGUAAGGUUCUUCAUGUUUGGGAAGCUUGUAAUGCUGUUCCUGGCCUUGUGAGUGGAGGCCAUUUGGCAAUAGUUGUCAGAUGAUGAUCAACAAAGGCAAAGUUCUGAGCGUUUCCUAGGAUGUCAAAACCAGGGGCAUUAACCCAUUAUGGGCUAUAUGUUAGAAUCAUCCAGGGAACAUUAACAGAACACUGAGGCCUGUCCCCCCUCCUCCAGACCAGUUGAGUUUGAAACUCUGGGGCGGGACCGGGCCCUGACGGAGCACUGCUACUCUUUUGAAGCUUCCUUUCCAGGAGGCCUCUGCUGCCUGCCUCCGUCCUUCUUCUGUUGUGCUCUGGAUGAUCUUUCUGUAGGACUGACUGUAGACUAGAUAGUAAGGAUUUCAAACCAUACCAUUAGCCUGGAAGUAGGGGUCUGGUUUCUUCCUCUCCUGCUUUACUUAGGUUGGGUUUCCAGAACAACUGGUUGGAUUCCUCCCAUGAGGGGGCCCAGCAUGCCUGCCUAACUAGUUGUGACCCUUGAUCUUCAUGACCAGGGUUUGCAAGGUAGAGAGACCAAGAACACCUCACCUGCAACCUCCGUGGCUCCCGUGGCUCACACGUGCACCCCACUUGUCUGCGGCACCUUUCUGCUGUUUGAGGCACAAGAGAAAUCCAAAUGACCAGUGAGCACAAGAAAGCAUUUCAAUCUCACUAGGAACUAAAACAAUGCAAACCCACACAGUAAAUAAAAAAUGAUGUUAAAAGAGCAACACACCAAGACAGGGUGCUGGGGACAGACCUUGCUGUGUCCCCCUUCAGCGGAGGCAGGCUUGGCCAUCUGGAGCAAGAGACUUAGAAAGUGUCCUCAGCCCUCUUAACCCUAAAGAGACAGUCAGCUGUGCACAAUGACUUGCAUCAUGAAGGUGCUCACCACACCAUUAUUUGGAGCAGCUAAAAGGCCAUGGUGGCUACGCAGCCAUUGUUGUGAGCGUCUUGUGACCCUGGCUCAUGCUUUGCAGUAUGUUGAGUGGAAACCAUGUAUAAAGUAUGACCCCAGCUUCAAGAACAUGCACUGCUAACAUUUGGAUGUACUUGGGUGGUGGCAGUGCCAGUAAUUUCAUGUUUUCCUUAGGUGUUUAUGUAUUUUCUAAGUGCAUAUAAUUUGCAUGUAUUACUUUUAUAUAUAGACAACAUCUGUUAUUGCAAAGUCUGCCUGGUGUUAAAGCAGCUCCGAGGUUUCAUCUGUGCCACUUGCUGGGAAAAGAGCCCACUCCUUAAAAUAUAAGCAAACCAUUGACAUGUUAGCAAACAGACGGGUCUGAGCUGGCUUUUUUUGUCUGAAGACUAGGUAGAAAUGGAAAGACUGCUGAUGGGUCCCUUCCCCAUAAGUUUUGCCAAAAAGAGCAGAGAGCAUACUGGGAAAUCCUGUGGGAAGGGGACUGGAAGGGCUGGGGGUCUGCUUAGGUCCCUUGGCUGUCCAGUGGUGGCCUGGUGACUUUACCUUUCUGAGUCUCAUUUUCCUCAUUGGUAAACCGGGACAUCUACCUUUUGCUGAUCCGCGAAAGGUGCCUAUAAGGUGUGCCUGGCGCAUCGCCGGUGUUCAGUAAAUGGGUUCAGGAAACAAAAGCAGCAGGUCUCACUUAGUUCAAGGGAGUUUGGGGUUGAGCGAAGAAAAAGAUGUGGCCACAAGAUGGCAGUGUUUCACCACAAACCAUUUAUUAAGGCUGACAUUGACAGGUUUGCAGCGUGGGGGGCAGCACCACCAAAGGCUGGUAGUGGUGGGGUGAUGGUGGUGGUGGGGAUACAGUACACAUGAACCACAGGGGGCUUACCUCUCAAGGUGUUGCAUAUAGGUCUGCAACCAUCUGAACUUAAUCUUCAUGUAUGGCAGGAGGUCAGUGGCAGGGUUUAUUUUUCCAUGUGGGUAUCCAGUUGUUUCGGAACCAUUCGUUGAAAAGACUGUCCCUUCCCCAUCGAAUAACCUUGGCAUCCUUGUUGAAUAUCAGUUGAACGUACACGUGUGGACCUCCUUCUGUAUGUGUCCUCUCCCACCGAUUUCGCAUCUUGAUUAGUAUUGUACAUUUAUAUUAAGUCUUGAAAUGCAGCCACGUUGUCCUUUAGUUUUGUUCUUAUUCAAAAUUAUUUUGCCUAUUGCAGGUUUUAUGUAUUUCCGUAUAAAUUUUAGAAUCAGUCAGUUUCUACGAAAUGCCUGCUGGAAUUUGGAUUGAAUCUAUAAAUCAGUUUGGGAAGAAUAGACAUCUUAGCAAUCUCAAGCUUUCUAAUCAUGUUCAGUGGUGAAAAUGGUACAUCUCUGCAUUUGUUUAGAUUUUCUUCAAUUUUCUCUCAUCAAUGUUUUGUAGUUUCCGUGUAUAGGGUCUUGGACAAAUUUGCUUAAAUUUACCCCUAAGUAUUUAAUUUUUUGCUGCUAUUGUAAAUGGUAUUAAAAAUACAAUCCAAUUGAUCAUUACUAGUUUAUGUACAAUAAAAUUUUUAAUCGACUUUGUAUAUUGAAACUCCGCUAAACUCCCUUGUUAGUUUUAGUAAUUUUUCCAUAGAUUCAUUAGGAUUUUUUUAUGUGUCUGAUCAUGUUGUCUUAAUUAAAGCAACUUUAAAUCUUCAUUUCCAAUAUGUCUGUUUUUUUAUUUCUUAUCAGAGUUCAAUAGCUAUUCAGUGAUAUUCAGUGACAGGUUCACUGCUGAAGAGAAGUGCUAAGAGUGGGUAUACAUACUUGGUUUCUGAUCUUACAAGGGAGAGCGUUCUGUUCAGUGUCAAGUACAAUAUUGCUUAUAGGUUUACGUAGAAACCCUUGGUCAGGUUCAGGAAGUUCCCUUUUUUUCCUAGUUUGCUGAACAGGUUUUGAAUUGUCCCUGUUUUUUUUUUUUUUUUGCAUCACUGAGAUAAUAAUAUGUAUUAGCUCUUAUUAUGUUAAUAUGGUGCACUGCACUGAUUGACUCUGGAUGUGAAACCAGCCUUGCGUUUCUAGGAUAAAACCUACUUGAUCAUGGUAUGUUAUCUAUUAAUAUAAUGUUUAACUUGGUUUACACUUUUUUUUUGUUUAGGGUUUUUCUGUCUAUUCUCAUAAGGGAUUUGAGUCUGUAGUUCUCUUAUUGGUGAUCUCUGUCUGGUUUUCAUUUCAGAGUAAUAUUAUCCCUAUUCCUCGAUUUUCUAAAAAAAUUUGUGAGACCUACAUAAUUUCUUCCUUAAGUGUUUGAUAGAAAUAGCAAACAUAUCACCUGGCCUGGAGUUCCUUUGUGGGAAUGUUUUUAAUUUUGAAUUAACUUUAUUAAUUGAUAUAAAACUUCUCAUUCUUUUUUCUUCUUGUGUCAGCUUUAGUAAGUUGUAUCUUUUAAGGAAUUUGUUUCAUCGAAGUCAAAUUUAUUGGCACAAAGUUGUUCAUAAUAUUUCGUUAUUACCCUUUUAUCUGUUUCACUGAUUUCUGCUCUUUCUUUUUUGAAGUAUUUCCUCCUUUCUGUGUGCCUUUUGAUUAAUUUGUCCUUUUUUCUACCUUCUUAAACUGAAAGCUUAGAUCUUUGAUUUUGAAACCUUUUUACUUUCUAAUAGGAUUUAAAGCUGUAUAGUUUCCUCUAAUCAUUGCUUUAGCUGUAUCCCCAAAUUGCUUAUGCUGUGUUUUUUUUUGAUAACUUAGCUUAAAACGUUUUCUAACUUCCUUAACGCUUUUUCCUUUGACCCAUGAAUGAUUAUUUUGAUACGUGUUUUUUUGUGAUUUUUUUCCCAGAUUAUAAAGAAUGGUUUCUCAAUUAAUUCCAUUGUGUUCAUAGAACAUACUAUGUUAUGAUUUUGGACCUUUUAAUUUUAUUGAGACUUGUUUUAUAGUUUGUCUUGAAUGAUGAUUAUUGAUGAAUGGUCCAUGUGCACUUGAAAAGAAUGUGGAUGCUGCUUUUGUUGGGUAGAGUGUUGAUGAGGCUUAUUUGGUUGAUAGUGUUUUUCAGGUCAUCUCUGUCCUUACUAAUUUUCUGUCUACAUCUUCUAUCAAUUAAUAAGAGAUGAGUGUUGACAACUGUUGAGCGGAGGAGUGGCAUGAUCUGAUUUAUGUUUUAAGAAGAAUCCCUCUGGCUGCUGUGUAGAGAAUACACUGAGGAGUUGUUGUUUGAUGCUGUUGACUCAGUUCUGACUCAUAGCGACGUCAUGUACAGUAGAACGAAAUACCGCCCAAUCCUGAACCAUCCUCACAGCCGUUGCUAUGUGUGAGCCCAUUGUUGCAGCCGCUAUGUCAGCCCAUAUUGUUGAGGGUCGUCCUCUCUUUUGAUGACUGUCUGCCAAGGAUGAUGUUCUUCUCCAGGGACUGCUCCCUCUUAAUAACAUGUCCGAAGUAUGUGAGACAGAGUCUCCCCAUCCUUGCUUCUAAGGAACAUUCUGGCUGUAGUUCUUCGAAGACAGAUUUGUUUGUUCUUCUGGCAGUUCAUGGUAUAUUCAGUAUUCUUCACCAGCACCAUAAUUCAAAGGCGUCAGUUCUUCUGACUGAGGACGAUGGGGCAGAAUAGAAGCAGGGAGACCAGUGAGGAGGCUAUUGUUAUUAACUCAUGCAAGAAUUAAUGGGGUUUGGAUCAGGGUUGUGGUAGUACCCAAGGUAAUAGGAACUAGUUGCAUUCUAGAUACAUUUUUUUUAAUUAACUUUUAUUGAGCUUCAAGUGAACAUUUACAAAUCAAGUCAGACUGUCACAUAUAAGUUUAUAUACACCUUACUCCGUACUCCCACUUGCUCUCCCCCUAAUGAGUCAGCCCCUCCAGUCUCUCCUUUCAUGACAAUUUUGUCAGCUUCCAACUCUCUCUAUCCUCCCCUCCCCCCUCCAGACAGGAGAUGCCAAUACAGUCUCAAGUGUCCACCUGAUAUAAUUAGCUCACUCUUCAUCAGCAUCUCUCUCCCACCCACUGUCCAGUCCCUUCCAUGUCUGAUGAGUUGUCUUCGGGAAUGGUUCCUGUCCUGGGCCAACAGAAGGUUUGGGGACCAUGACCGCCGGGAUUCCUCUAGUCUCAUUCAGACCAUUAAGUCUGGUCUUUUUAUGAGAAUUUGGGGUCUGCAUCCCACUGAUCUCCUGCUCCCUCAGGGGUUCUCUGUUGUGCUCCCUGUCAGGGUAGUCAUCGAUUGUGGCCGGGCACCAUCUAGUUCUUCUGGUCUCAGGAAGAUGUAAGUCUCUGGUUCAUGUGGCCCUUUCUGUCUCUUGGGUUCAUAGUCAUCGUGUGACCUUGGUGUUCCUCAUUCUCCUUUGAUCCAGGUGGGUUGAGACCAAUUGAUGCAUCUUAAGAUGGCCGCUUGUCAGCAUUUAAGACCCCAGACGCCACAUUUCAAAGUGGGAUGCAGAAUGUUUUCAUAAUAGAAUUAUUUUGCCAAUUGACUUAGAAGUCCCCUUAAGCCAUAGUCCCCAAACCCCCGCCCUUGCUCCGCUGACCUUUGAAGCAUUCAGUUUAUCCCGGAAAUUUCUUUGCUUUUGGUCCAGUCCAGUUGAGCUGACCUUCCGUGUAUUGAGUAUUGUCCCUCCCUUCACCUAAAGCAGUUCUUAGCUACUAAUUAAUCAGUAAAAAAACCCUCUCCCACGCUCCCUCUCUCCCCUCCUUGUAACCAGAAAAGUAUGUGUUCUUCUCGGUUUAUACUAUUUCUCAAAAUCUUAUAAUAGUGGUCUUAUACGAUAUUUGUCCUUUUGCCUCUGACUAAUUUUACUCAGCAUAAUGCCUUCCAGGUUCCUCCAUGUGAUGAAAUGUUUCACAGAAUUGUCACUGUUCUUCAUCGAUGCGUAGUAUUCCAUUGUGUGAAUAUACUACAAUUUAUUUACCCAUUCAUCCAUUGAUGGACACCUUGGUUGCUUCCAGCUUUUUGCUGUUGUAAACAGAGCUGCAAUAAACAUGGGUGUGCAUAUA